AUUAUAUCAGCUGACAGAUGACAGCUGAACAAAUGUUCUCAAGAAUUCCGUAACAAUAUUUAUCCCUGAAGUAAUUUAAUUCGUUUAACAAAUCUCACCAUGAGUGUAUUAACAGAAAGUACAGUCAGUUUGAACGAAACCAAAACAGAGGUGAAGCUACAGAAAUUCUACGAAGAAGAAGAAGGUGACAACAUAGUGAUGGAGUUUUGCCAAGAUCUCGUCAAUAAUGUGAUGGACCAAAUCCUAGCCAAUAGUCUAACUGACCUCUCUCAAAACUCUGUCGUUAAAUGUGCCAUGCAAGCUGUGAAGAAGGCAGUUGAGAUGAACUAUUGUUUCCAUAAUGUUUCUUAUUUUGAUAUGGGGAAAGAUAGUUGGAAACCAGAUAUACCAUGUGAGCACGUUCAAGCAGACACUUGGGCAGCUUAUAGGGUACCGGUGACAUACGAAAAAGAACCUGAAGAAAACGGAACAGAUAAUAGAAAAGACAGCCUACCUGAAGAUAGGCAGUCAAAGAGCAAUUUUAUCAGUACUCCACAUAAAGCUUCUUUGUCUCCCUCUAGUUCUUCCCAGGACAUUUUCUCCAUUAUGGAUUAUUUAGAGGAUGUACUCAGCACAUCUUCUGAAGAGGAGGAAAUGAGAACAUCUUGGAUGGAAAUCAUCGAUUUGGAUCGUCUCAGUCAACACAGUGCUAGGUUCAGUGCAAAGCUCAGUGCAAGAUUGAGCCAAAUGAGUGGGAAAGCAAGUACAUCAGACAGCAUUAUGCUACCUAAAACUUCAGAUGCAGAAAAAUAUAUGAGUACCGCCUUCUCCAAAACUACCAUAGGAGAGACUGAGAAGGGACUUUGUAUCCCUCAUGUUGGUAAUAUUCCUAUUAGCAAUAUUGUUAUAGAAAUUCCUGACGUUGAGGAAUUCACACUUGUGAAAGCGGAUAAGAGAAAGACCAAAGUUUCGAGGAAAGCUAGUCAAAACAUUCUUCCAAAAAGAAGAUCUGAUACUAAACUGAAGAUGUCAGCCCUCGACGAGGCAAGUAAGGAGAAAGUCAAAGAGAAAAAGAAAAAGGAGUCUUAGGAUCCAACUAACACCAUAAGGUCCUGUCUGUGAAUAUGGCUUUUUCAAAUAAAGUUAUUUAUUUUA